AUGCAGAUUAAAAGACAGAGGUUGCGGAGACACGAUCAUCCUUGUUGCGGUACAGUAUGUCAAUCAUUUUGUCUAGCUUGUCGUGGUUUGGUCGAAGACUGUGCUCCAGGUGGGCGCUGCAGUGCGGGACAGAGGGUGCUUUGCUCCCUCAUCAUCCGUCUGGCUUUAGCAGAUUCCUUCUGCGUGAACUGUGGGGUUCUCGCGCUUGAUGAGCCGACGACGAAUCUGGAUGCUGCCAACAUCCGAGGGCUGGCUGAGGCCUUGGCCAAUCUCAUAGAAGCCAGAAGAGCCCAAUCACGAUUCCAGCUCGUUCUAAUCACGCACGACGAGGCUUUUGUCAAUCGCCUCGCGCAGCUUCAGGUGUGCGACUGGUUUUACCGCAUUCACAAGGACGAGUCUGGAUGUUCAAAGAUUGAGAAGCAGCGAAUUCAGCUUUUUGGCGACUAG